UGGUUGUUUACAAUGGUCAUAAUCAUCGCAAAACUGGUUGUUUACAAUGGUUAUAAUCGUCGCAAUCCCAUUAUUGGUGGAUUCGCGACGAAAUUUAUAACUUACCACAUAAAUAGGUUAAACCGCUCAAACCGCAUAAAUAUACAGCUGCAACCGCUCAAACCUUCUAUAUUUAUACUACUGAAAAUUUGUUAUGCUUAAGCUCUAAUCGUUUCAACCGCCACCUUAGCUAAAGCAAAAUUCCACAAACUCUCUCUCUUCCUUUAAUUGUAAAGAACUAACUUUAUCAGAUUCUCAUUCUCACAAUUCCAUCAUCACUUUCUUCACCCAUCCAUAUUUCCCACUCUCUUCUUUCUUUCUCCAUUUCUCUUUCUUUUCCUUUUUGUUCUUGUUCUUGUUCUUAUUCUUGUUCUUGUUCUUGUUCUUUUCCUUGUUCUUCUUCUUCUUGUUCUUGUUCUUGUUCUUGUUCUUGUUCUUGUAAGAAGAUAUGCAUGAUUGGGCUGCACCGUUGAUAGCUUCGGCUUUGUUUGCGUUUCUGUCGCCAGGAUUGAUACUGCAGUUUCCGGGGAAAGAAUCACCGGUGGGUUUCAUGAACAUGAAGACGACGGUAGCUUCUAUUUUCGUUCACACUGUUCUCUAUGGUCUCUUUCUUAUCCUCUUCCUCGUCGUUCUCAACAUCCAUGUCUAUGUAUAGCUCAUUUAUUACACUCGUGUAUGUGCCUCUGUUUGUGCCAGGGGAUGUUUUAGUAGUCAUGAGGCUUUGUUUUAGGACUUAUCUCUGUUCUUCUUAAUUAAUCCUUCUCAAUAACCGUUUUUGCUCUA